AUGGCUGCGGCUGGCGCGAGGGCACAAAAGCCCAUCGGCUCUGCCGCCUGGAUCGCUGCAGAAAAAGAAAAUGUCGCGGAAUUGGUCGAUCAAGAGAUGGAGGAGGUGGAAUACCCUGUUCGCCAUGAACUGGAUUGGCUGAACGAACAUAUGGCCGAGAUCUUCUCCAAAGGCCAAGCGAGCUUUACAGACGUUUUCAAGACACCUGGUAAAAUGAGAGGCAAGACUCCUCGUACUACUCGCAAACGAAAUGUGGACGAUGACCGGGUGCCACUGAGUGAAAUCUUUUCAUCCGCACACAAGCAAGUCGAAAACAAGGCCGUGAGCCCCAGUCCCUUUAUUCACCGUGUCAUCUCGAGGUCUACGACGUCAACGGAAAACGAUGCCCCCCGCAUCAAGGAGGCAGAGACUUCAUCGCAACCCCAAUACCCAGACCUCAGCCAAAACCUAAAUUCUUUCGAGAAAUACAACACCGACUCAGGUUAUCAUGGAAUGGAGGGUGGUGACGAAGACGAGAUGGUUUUGACCGCUACGCAACCCGAAUCACAGACGGCAACACAACCAUUCGAGGCGGAUGAGCCGAUAGGGCCGAAUACUCGACAUGUCCUUUCAAUGAGUCAACGAACGACAGAGGACUCCUUCCACUCCGCACAGGAAAAUGUUCGUGCCCGUGGAGAAACAGUUGAACCGAUGAACAUAGUCCCGACACCGACGCAGGAUCGCACUGUACGCCCUGCGAUGGCUGCACCGAAGGAGCCGUCUCCUGAACUGAGCACAACUCCAAAGGUUCAACCUCAGGGCAAGCCUAGCCCGCUGCCGAAAUCAAAGAUUGCCACACAAGACCAGCGGAAAAAGCCAGCCGCGCAGGAAAUUUCCAACAAACAAAAUGCUUCAAAUUCUCAAGCGACAACAGAGACGGUCCAGGCUGCCCAACCCCCUCAGACGGAAGAGCCUCAAAUGCAUGACGCGGAAAUGCAAGAUCUGGCCAAGGAAGAAACCAUGCUCGACGACAAUUUUGAUGACAUUGGAUCGCCCUCUGAUGGCUCUACACCAGAACGACUCCCUGUUCGAAAGAGUAGCCUGAGUUUUGCCUCUCUCCCAGCCCGAGAGCCUCUCACCAAGAAGAGCAUGGGAGGCACACGGAUCUCUCGCACCAGUCACAUUGAUCUUGCAAAACUCAGCAACAAGAGAAAUUCCAACUAUUUGGGCAAGCAGCCUGCUUCUCUUAAAGUUGCGCAGCCUACAUCGGACGAUAAUGCAGGUGACGGUGAGAAGCGAUCCGAUGACAACGCAGAUACAGAGCAGGCCAGCAGGUUGCAUAUCAAGAAUUCAACACAAAGCCUCCACGAGAGAAUCAGCAUGCUUGGUAAACCCCAGGCCCGUCCCAAUAAGUCUAUUUCUGCGACAGCGGGAAUAUCGAUCGGACAAAUCGCUUAUCCAGAGCUGCCAGCCACCAAGGCUGCAUCAAGACCCGACUCUUGGGGCCAGAAGGCCAAGGGGACACCUGCUCCAGGGCCAGCUGUAGCUGAUGACGACUGGAUCAAGCCACCGAGCUCACCUUACCGGCCAAAUCCUACAAAGGGCAAAACCACAGACGUCAUGGAGAAGCUUUUCGACACUGAAAAGGACCAACCCAUCAGUAAGAAAGGCACGCCAGCCACCAAAGAGCAACACUCUACGGAACCCGAACGACCGAAAUCCUCAGCUUCCAUAUUUUCUUCUCCUCGCCCACAAGGCCAUCAGCAGAGCGCAUCUACAUCUGUCAUUGCACCUUAUGCUUCUACAACGCCUACUGGGUCUCCAAGACGCUUCGAUGGUCCUUUGAGUGCUUCCAAAUUAAAAUUGCAUUCAAUGAUGAAAUCUGCCAAAGGAUUAUUCACCAGCACAGGCAGUCCAUCAAUGGCUUAUAACGCAUCUGUUGGGCAGCCUGGUGUCCAAUCUCAGGACCGAAUGAGCGUCGACAUCGAUGACAAUGAGGAUCGGCAUGGUCCUCAGUCGCGCCACAUCUCCAGUCCCAUCCGGCAAGAAGGCCGUCGGACUCGAAGCUCGACUGAAAAGGAGGAGAAGCGUCAGCAAAAGGAACGAGAAGACCGCCAACGGGAAGAAGAGGCACGCCAAGAAGAGAUCCGACAGGAGGAGAUCCGGCAGGAAGAGAUCCGGCAGGAAGAGAUCCGGCAGGAAGAGAUCCGGCAGGAAGAGAUCCGACAGGAAGAGAUCCGACAGGAAGAGAUCCGACAGGAGAAGGCUAGAGAACAAGAAGGAUUGCGGGCGAUGCAGCUUAAGGUAGCUCAGGAUAAAUCGUCUGUCGAGCCAGAGGACCGCUCGAUGCAGAAGUCCACGCAGCCACAGCGACAGCCGUCGCGUGAGCCAGAAUCGACCCAUGCCACUUCGAGAUAUGGCAUUCCCCAGCCAAAGCAAGUUGAUCGCCGUCCCAAGCCACCGUCUCGCGAUCCCGUGCAAAAGCCUGAACCUCGGCCUGUGUCGAUUCGUGUGGGGAGUACUAUGUCUUCCCGUCAAAUUCCUAUGGCAUCUUCUGUCUCUUCGAGUGUGCAGGAAACAAGUGCCCCAGCUCCUUCCGUGUCGAAGCAGCCGACUUUGAAAAAGAAAGGCAGCAACCAGUCGCUUCAAACGGCUUCUUCUGCAAGCAGUCUCAAAAGUAGUACCUCCAGUCAAACACAGGCACAGCGGAAAGCUCAGCUGGCCAGUGAACGCAAACGGGAGCAAGAGCGCAAGCGACAGCAGGAUGAGGCAAAGCGCCAGGAGCUGCGCAGCCGUCCUGAAAGUCGUGUCGAAAGUCGUGCUGAGGCAGAGCGGGGGCACCGAGAGCUCUCGGCUCAAGAGGAGUCUCAUAGAGCAGAGAUUGAAAGACGGAGAGAGGCAAACGCUCAGCGACAAGGACGCCCAGCUAGCCAACAGACCACCCAUGAGCGCCCCGUGCUACAGCAUGAGAAAGCACCAUUGCAAUCCCAGAAAAGUGACCUUGGAGCCACAAGGCCACCGUCUCGCGCGGGCCCGGCGCAACAUUAUGGACGGAUCAACCCGCCUCCCCCUAACCCUGCAAGACCGCCCAAAAGGCCAAUGAAUGACGAUGCUAUGAAUCGGCCACCAGUCAAGAAGAUCAGCAACGUGCACUCUACCGUCGGAGACAAGUGGAGUAAAGGUGAGGAUGAGCAUGGUUCCAGGACAUCCAUUCGAGCUCCAAUGGGGCCACCUAAGCGUGUGUCGAGCAAACCACAGCCUCCAAAUUCUGCCACGGGAUCGGGCAUCUUCAAACCCGGCCAAGCCUCACGCCCUGCUCCUCCCGUGAACAUGUAUCAAUAUGCAAACGGGAAGAUCCCCUUCGCCGAGCCAAGCCAAGGUGCACCUCCUGCCAAUGCGCACAAGCCAGCUGUGCCUGGCUCGGUUCAGCGAACCCAGGCCCAGCCUCCAGUCAAGUCACCGCCGAAAUACCCAAGCGGCGACAGCAUUCACCUUCCUGAGAUUGAUACAGAUAGUGACGAAGACGACUCAGACUCCGAGAUGUUCCCUGUUCCUAAGUGGGCACAGGCAAAGGAACUGCAUGACCUGUUGGUGGAGCAAGAUCGGAUGGAGGCCGAUUCGAUUUUCGGUCCUAUCGCGCCAUUUUCUCUGGAGGAGACCUUCAAGGCGGACAAAAAGAUCAAGAAAUACCGUGAGCGUACCAGCAGUGCCAACUGGUCCGGUCCAGAUGGACUUACCCAGGAAGAGAUUCGCAAAGAUCGCGCGGAGCGUCAACGUCUACGUCUCAACGGCGGCUGGUCCUUCCAGACCUAA